AUGGACAUGCCUCACCUUAAUCUCCAUUCUGGUCCACUGUAUUUUUGCUGGUUUGGUGAUAACAGCUUCGGCGUGGUGAUGCUGGUGGUCAUCUCGGCACGCAAGGCCGUGCAUGUGAGCGAGACCAGCCAGAUCAGUCUGAAGCAAUGGUCAGAUGCCGUGGCAUUGUUCAAGGACCCCCACUUGGACGCACCAGAUGACUUGGUGCUGCGCUGGGCUCGUCUGGCCCUCUCCUGCACUGCCAUGCCUGCAGCCUCCCGCCCCUCCAUGAAUCAAGUGCUGGGAGAGCUGGUGAAGUUGAAGCAGGAGGCGUUUGGAGCACGCGAGAGCCAUGUGGGUGAGGCCAAAUCUCACACCGACAUGGAGCUUGGGAGUUCCAUUGGCUCCUCCAGCUUCACUGCUGAAAUGGCCCGUGCGGAGUGCGAAGGCAUGCCAAGUGGCUCUUCCACAUAA